AUGUCGAUCGUGCACCUCCAGAGCGUCGAGAUCCUCAACGCGGAAGCCAAGUUCCAGGACGCAUACAUCUUCAAGAUCACCUUCGAAUGCAUCUCGCCGUUGCAGGACGAUAUCGAGUGGAAGCUCGUCUACGUCGGUUCGGCAGGAGAUGAGAAGUACGAUCAGGAGUUGGACAAUUGCAUGGUUGGUCCUGUGCCCGUUGGAGUCAACUCGUUUGAGUUCGAAGCAGCUGCACCGUCGCCAAGCAAGAUCCCACCCGAGGAUCUGUUGGGCGUAACAGUCAUCCUCCUCACCGCAUCAUACCGCGAUCAGGAGUUCAUUCGCGUCGGGUACUACGUCAACAAUGCGUACGAGGCAGAGGAGCUGAGGGAAAACCCGCCCGAGAAGGUCGACCUGACACAGGUCAGGAGAGAGGUGCUCGUGUCGAAACCCAGGGUGACUAGGUUCAACAUCAAAUGGGACGACUCGACAGCCGCACCGGCACAGCAGCAGCAGCAGGGAUCGGGAGAGGGCGUCAUGGCUUAG